AUGGCCUCUCCGUAUCCGACCGCCACCGUGCGGCCACCGCACCUAGCUCCCCAACAACCGCCACCACCUCCGCCACCACCAGCGGCGGCGGCUGCAGCGCUGCCAUGGUCGCCGCCGUACGCAAGGUGUCGCACGGCCGACGCCCAUGGAAGGAAGGAGAGCGUGGCGGAGUCGGGCUGCCCCACGGAGGUGGCGGACACGGCCAUCCACGCCGAUCUCGUUGAAGAUGACAGCGAUGACGACGACGGCUGCGGGAGCUGCGUGGAAGGAAGCCAAGGCAGCGGGGGGCAGUACGACGACGAACCUGCUGGGAGCGACAACUUCGUCUGGUGGCGCCAGCAGAGCAGCAGCAGCAGCGCAUGUUUCUCAUGGGCAACUAACGCCGCCGGUAGAAAGACGACGCGGAACCACGCCGAAGAGAGGGACGACGACGGCGGCGACCCGAAGGCGGCGGCGGCGAGGCGGCAGGAGGAGGAUCGCAAGUUCUGGGAGGAGUGUCUCGGCUCGGGCUACCCCUGACGGCUGAUGCUACAGCAACGACGACAGGAAUGCGUGACGAAUUCAAUGGCGUGCCACCCGCGCAAUUGCGUGUGCGCCGUGCGCGUGUUCUUUAAUUAUGAUUACCAUAACCAUCUUGAGCAACAAAGUUUGUACUUUGGACGACGUUGCAAGUUGUAAUUUGGUGCGUGUGCAAGUGGCCAGUGACCUAGU